UUUUUUUUUUUUUUUUUAUGUUCUCUGCAUUUCGCUUCUUCAGGGUUUGUGGUUUCUUGAAAUUUUAAAAAAUUUGGGUUUUCAAAUUAUGUUUUUGUUCAGGGUCUCGGAGUUUCGAAGUUUGAAAUUAGGGUUACUUUCUUGUUAGAAGGGUGAGGAUGCAGUAAGCUUGGUUCUUGGUAGAAUUUCUGUAAUUUAGAAAUAAAGUUGGAUUUUGGAGUUGAAGUGUUCAGUUCAGUUCAGUUCAGGUCAGCAUAUAGCAAGAGGUUGGAUUUUUGCUUCUAUAGAUGGAUAGUGUAGGGUUGGUUAUGUUGUAGUUUAUGUAUGUGAGUGUAUAUUUCUCCUGCAUAAGUUGGUUUUGAAAACUUGGUGUGGUUUUUUGUGUUCAUGGAUUUCAUUGGGGAAACAGUUGCCGGUGGAAAUGUGCUCUCCGGCUCUGAUGACGUUGAGAUGAGUGGUGGGUUUGACAAUUGGGGGAUUCCUGGCUCCAUGGACCAGGGUGUUUGGGCUACUGAGGAUGACUAUAAUGCCUGGAACCCGGGUUCCUCUGUUGAAACCCCUUCAAACUCUGGCCUUGAUGGUCGGCUCUCUCAAAAUCACUCUGGGGGUGAGCCUCCAAACAAGAGAUCCCGCAACUCACAGGGCGGAGACGCCCAUGUCAUAGUCCCUACUCGAUCCAAGGCAAUUGGAAAGAUGUUUUUCAAGACUAAACUGUGUUGCAAGUUUCGAGCUGGUGUCUGCCCUUAUAUUACUAAUUGUAAUUUUGCUCAUGGAAUAGAAGAGCUCCGCAAACCUCCUCCUAAUUGGCAAGAGAUUGUUGCUGCUCAUGAGAGUGAACUUGGAGGAGGAGUGGUGGUGGAACCACCCAGAGAGGAGCACCAGAUUCCAACCAUGAGUUCUCCCGAUUUACGCAGUGAGACCCAGAGGUCUUACAAAGGAAGGCACUGCAAGAAGUUCUACACCGAAGAAGGUUGUCCGUAUGGAGAUAGUUGUGCCUUCCUUCACGAUGAACAAUCUCGGGCUCGUGAAAGUGUUGCCAUAAGUGUGACUCCAACUGCUGGUCCCGGAUUUGGUAACAGUGCAACCGCGGCAAACCAAAAGCCUUCCAACUGGAAGACUAGAAUUUGUAAUAAGUGGGAAACAACAGGCUAUUGCCCAUUUGGCAGCAAGUGCCAUUUUGCUCAUGGAGCAGAAGAACUGCACAAGUUCGGGGGAGGUCUUGCAGAGGGCGAAGGCAAAGAUUCUCCAUCAGCUCCUUCUAAUAUAAAUCUGGGAGGGGUAACAGAAAACACGGCAGCAGUGUCAGCCAUAUCGGCCCCCCACGGAGAUGUUUAUCAUUUGGGUUUGGGCGUUCCAAUACAAAGGUCAUCCUGCAGCAUAUCUCAGAGGACCGGAGAAAGGCCCAUUCAGAAAUGGAAAGGACCCGAUAAAAUUAGUAAAAUUUAUGGUGACUGGAUUGAUGACAUUGAAUAACAAUCAGGUUGUUGUUGUAACUUAGGCUACAGAUUUCAGUCACUGUUUGCUGUUUGUUGUAUGGUAGAGGCUUUGCUUUUUAAACGGCUAAAAUAUACAUUCUAUUACUCUGCUUUGAAAA